AUGGAGAGAACCUCUUCUUCCUCCUCCUCCGAGUCAUCAUCAUCAUCCUCAUCCAUGGCUUCUUCUUCUUCUGAUCAAACCUCACAUUUUGUGACGUCAUCCAUGCUUUCCCGCACGUCAUCUUCUUCUUCCUCCACCUUCGGAGACUACUUAGGAACAGAGAGCUGCUUCGACAUCCUCUCAGAAGAAAACGACGUCGCCUCGGUCCCCACCAAGCCUCCUUCGAACCGUUAUCGUUACGGAGGAAGGAGGAGAGAGGAAAGAGAAGCAAGAGCUGCGGCGGCGCGCGAGUUUCCUCCUCCGAUACCUUUGCUUGCUCAGACGGAGAAUCUCCUCCCGCACAUGCCGUGGGUUCUGAAGCGUGUGGUGACUAGCGACGGGAGGCUUAUUCUUAGAGAAGAGAAGGUUCGCCAUCACGAGUAUUUUCGUGCGCAUAGAGCCAAUGGACGUCUCACUCUCCACCUUGUUCCUUUAGACGAUGAUGUUUUCGACCUUCCACAAGAGCCCUCUCAUUACCAAUCUGAUGAUGAUGAAUAUGAUCAUGAUGAUGAUGAUGAUGAUGAUGAUGAUGAUGAGCAUUAUCACGAGGUGGGUGAUGACUUGGAUGAUCUGGCGGAUAAUGUUGAUAAGAGUGUUAUUAUUAAAGCCUCUGAUGAGGAUGAUGGUGUUAUACAUAACUAUGAUGAUGAUAAGUGCAAUGUGCUUGGUGGUAGUGAAGAUGGAUUUAGGAAGGCUUUACUAACGGCGGUGGUGGAGGAGACGGUGGUGGAGAGCGGAGGGAUGGUGGGAGGAGGAGGAGGAGGAUCGCCGAGGGGUAAGUGUAUGAAGUCUUGUUUUGUUGGUAUGACAGUUCGAGAGAUCAGACAAGUCCUUAGUUGA